AUGAGGAAUUGUCGAUGCCCCUGCCUCCACUCCCUCUCUCUGGCCCAGGGAGUGGCAUCAAAAUACGCUCAUGCAAAGAGCUGGCUGAAUGGCUUCGGGGUCGCCUCCCAAUCUUCCGGCGCCGAGAUCGUCACCGUCGACAAUCGCAUGUCUCGACGCGGCGGCUCCACUAUUCAAUGGACUGCGGCGAUGUCACGACUCCGGCCCUGCUUCUUAGCCCAAGCUUGCACCUCUAUAGAUCUUGGAACCGGAUUCCAGAACUUUGCUCUUCUUUGUAGUGUCAGACUCUGUUUUGGGUACACACAACCACUAUUCUGUAGUGUCAUCGUUCGGCAUGUCACUGUCUUCUUUCCUAUGGGUUCGCGCACAUCGCACCAAACGGAAACCCGAUUAUUGAAUUUCGGUUGUUUUGUAGCCUUCUUUCGACAUCUAUGGCAACCUCUCGAUAAACUAUACGCUAACAUGUGUAAGAUUGUGCUGUUUCUGAAAGCAUCCACGUUGCCAUAUAACCUCCAUGACGCGGCACCACUGCUACUGCUACCAUCCACAAACUACCAGCCAACCUUUAAACCACAUCCUUCAGUUGAGUUCCGUGAACGCAGCAUCCUCACGAAAACCUCACCACCGUACCAACACCUUUCGACCUCAUUCUUCGUUGCAUUCACCGCCUUGGCCUCGGCCGCCAUGGGUCAGGUCUCCUCAUCUUCCUCCCGGGCAUCCAGCUCCGCUUCCCAGCUCUUCCAGACUAUCCACUUCUACGCCCGCGGCAACUCCUUCGGUAAGUUCCUUUCUAUGCAACCUGAGCGCACAGUCUGCACGUUUUGCAAGCUCUAUAUCAUCUGGUUGCCGUCUUUUCCCGCCAUAAUCUUCCCCAUUUACUCCUGGGCUACCCUCGCCGUUGCCACGUCCACCAGCCACGCCUCCUCUGCCUCCGGCUCUGUCCUCGUUUCCGUCGCAGGCACCACAUCAAAGCCCGCUUCCUCAUCCGCGGCUGCUGCUUCAAGCUCCAAGCCCGCUUCCUCCUCCAUCGCUGUUGCGACAAAGAAUGCUGCCCCUGCCGUGUCCGUCGGUGUUAACGCUGGGUACCUUGAGGUUUUGGUGCUUGGUGCUUUGGGGGUUUGGGAGAAGAAUGGUGAAGACCAGGGUGGGGUUAAAAUAAUGAGUGGUAUGUUGAUUUCUGUGUUGCUGAGGUUGUUGUCACUGCAUAUCGCCUUUCGGAUGGAUCUGAUUUUUGUCUAUACUUCGUGUUUUAUAUAUGAUAUAUACAUAUAUAUUCUUAUGGAGCACUGGAGAAUGCGCGAUAUUAAAGUCACUACCCCUAAUCGACCCAAUCACAACCCCUACCCGACUACCAAAGAAUUACAACCCAAAUCUGAACAAGCAUCAACUUCUCAUUCAUACGCACUGCAACCCCAACUCCAUCGCUUGCAUAUACUCUUAAACGACCGCCCCGCUUCAUCCCGCCAAACUAACUCUCCCCACCCCCACCCCAGCAGUGCUAACAGUAACCCGACCCCGAACAAGAUUGUUAGCACUAGCAGCGCGGUACGGUUGUGGUCGUGGCAAACGGGGCAGAGUGUUGGGGUUGGGCUGUUAGCGGAGGGGCGAGUGAAGGUGGGGGGCGUUGAGGAGGAGGGGGAGGAAGGGCAGUUUGCUGGAGUUAUUGUUGAGGGGUGGGAGGAUGGGCAGGUUGGCGUUGGGUUGGUGUUGGUGUUUGUGUUUAUUGUUGAGGGUAAGAAUGUCGGACAGGUGGUUCUAGUAUUUGGAGGACAGGAGCUCGGGUAUACUGUGUUUGGCGUGCAGCUUGGUGCUGAAUUUGAGCCGGAUGGUGAAACCGAACUGCUUGAUACGCCUACUGGAGGACUAGUGCUGGAGGAUGGGCAGGUCGUUGUUAUCGGCGUGCAGCUCGAGCAUGAAGUUGAGCCUGAGGAGGACGGUAGACUAGAGCUUAGUGUCCCUACCGGACAUGAGCUUAGAUAUACUGUAGUUCCUGAACAAGUAGUCGGAGUGACCGGCGGGCAGAUUGCUGGAGUAGGACAUGAAGAAGGCAUUGCGGUGGAGUUUCCCUGGGCACGUAGUUACUGGAAUGCUUUGAGAUUGGACGCCGAGCACGGGGGCGUGAUUGUUGAUGUCGAGAUCGAGGUUGUAGUCGUCGUAAUUGUAACAAUGAAUACAACAGGAGGCAGGAUAACUGAUUCCCCAGGGACGGUGACCGUUACUGGCGGUGGACAGUUGCCUGAUGAGGAACGAGAUCCAGAUAUUGAACUCGUAGGUGCAGCCCCAGAAGAACUGAGUCUCCGUCGUCGUAAUGUUCUUUGUGCAACAACCGCCGGCCGAAAUGUUCGUAAUGUUCGUAUAGAUCUGAAAGAUGCUUUUACCGUGCAGGGUAGAGUAGUGACGCUACCACGCGAUGCAAUCGUAACGGUGGUAGUUGAGAUUCGGCAUGAAGAUGAGAAAGAUGAUUGGAAUAGUGAUGAAGAGGCGGAAGAUUUUCUGGUAGUCGUCGUUGUGGGUGGUGGUGUUACCAAUGAAGUUGUUGUAGAGAACUUGGGUGAACUUGGAAUAGCAGGUGUGGAGACCAGGCUGCCGGAAGAUGAAUUGACGAUGCUAGUUUUGGCUGAACUUGUGGCCACACUUGAGGAUGAUAAAACGUGGACCGAGAAGGGCCCUGAAGCGGUCGACUUUGUGGGCGUUUGGCUGGUAGACGAGACCGAACUAGUCUUGCCCGAAGAGGUACCGCUAAUCGAAGAACUACGGAACCGCUCGUCUUCUGAACUGGAUGAACUAGAGCGGCCGUAUGAAGGAUACGCAGUUGAUGUUAGGGUUAACGACGAGUAUUGUGUAAUCGUCGAAAUUGGGUUGAGCAUGGUGUUUGCUCAGGAUAAUGCGGGCCAGGAAACAAGGGUGAAGUCCAUGGAGACGAGCUCUCCUUUGAGCCAGUCGCCCGCUGAUGCAACUACGAACAACAGACCAAAUGAAAAGACGGCUAGAUGCAUGACGACAGCAGCGAUGCAGCAACAGAAUCUUGUCAACCCAACUGAAAUACCUUCAGAUGCCUUCUCAGAUCACGCAGAAAAUGCAGGGAAUCUGCGAGGUCUGCAGUAUUUGGCUACCUUUCACACUGCGCAAUGGGCGGGUAGCAUUGUGGAUUGGAUAGCGGUGAGUGCCAAAGGCCCUUUGCAUAUCGUAGGCAAGCCACUAGAAGCUGAAGGUUGCCAGAGCCUGCAAGAGGAGAGAAACAGAAUCAACAUCGGGAGCUUCUUCUUCGAAUUAGAGGCCCUUCAGCUUGAUUCGAAUUUUCACGAUACUGUUCAGAUAGAUGUUUCGUGGUCUGGUGGAACGAAGAGGACCAGAAACGCCACGUCAAAGAUCUUCCCCGCUUGCUCCAUUUGGCUAUCACAGUGCAUCGUCAAUGUAUCUCCAUACCACAAAGAGGUAUCAAUACUUGUUUGUUUCUUCAGCUUAUACUUCGUGGUACCAAUAGACGACCCUGCCGACUCGGACUCUCCCCGCUCGCCGACAUUCCCCGACUCCAUCAGCCCCAUUUGGCUGGAGAAUCACCCGGUAAAUGAAAGAUUACGGAUUCAGUUUGGACAGAAACGCAUCUCUUCCAUAGAGCAAUACGACUCCACAGGCGUAGGGAAGUCUGAGGACGUUGCCAAGUUGAUAUCUGCACUUGACUCUCUCCCAGGUAACUACCAAACCAGAGCACGGGCAACAGCUUUCGCAGCUAAUCGCAGUAUUGCUAAAUCCAACCUACCUCUUUCUUCUCACUCGAUCUUCUUAGGCACGGCUGUCCUAGGAUGUGAUUUCAUUCCAUCCAUACACAGGGAAAACAUAACGGAACGUCACCUCCAACAACCCCAGGCAAGCUCCUUCAUCCCAUUGGGUGAUGAGGUCUCUCAACCUCCUGUGAUUUCUCAUUUCUUUCCACCAAAACCUGUUAUUCUUGUCUCUAAUCUGUUUUAUCAAUUCAUUAAUUCCCCUAGCAGGUAA